AUGGCAUCUACUACUAAAAAAUCACUCUCUAUGCUAUUCAUGGCUUUCUUUCUGAUGGCGGCGAUAGUAAGUGAAUUGGCAAAUGCAACUUCCUUCACGGUAUAUCGUCUAGGAGGUUGCGACGGCGAUUCUGAAACCUAUAGUAAAUGUGGAUGCUCAAACCUUUUGUAUAUGGGUGGUUUUACAUGGACUUUCACUAGUCCUGGUCCAUCUGCUACAAUGUAUAACAAUGGGAAUUGUCUUGGUGAGGGUGGUACUGUAUUUGCCGGCGCUACCGAGCAGAUGUGCAACGGCUUUCAGUUUCCAUGGAGGAGUAUAAACAUCAAUUGUUAA